CGAUUCAACCGUAGAGUUCGGUAUCAAACAGCUGCAAUGGCGACAAAGUGGCUUGCCUUUCUUCUGUUCUUCAUCCAGGUGGAAUACCUUUCGUGCUGCGUUUUUGACAAAGUCAAAGUGUUCUACAGUGACAGCCAGAGAUUGCACAAUCUUAAAGCAGAUAAGGAUGAGUGCUUGGCUGCCUGCUACGCAAACAAGGAAUGCUCCGCAGUAAUGCAUUACAAAUACCAAAAAAGCUAUAGAUGCGACUCCCUUCCCAAAGGAGAAAUUCCAAUCGAUUGCGACGAUACGGUAGAAUGCUACAUCCUCCAACGCGACGAGGUGGAUCCAGUGUGCAAAACAUUCGUGAACUUCUGAGAAGAACGAUGAGACUGCAUGUCAUUCCGCUUUUGUAGCGUUCUGUUAGUACUGCAGUAAACAACUUUGUGUGGCA